AUGAUCACUACUCCUGUAUUGACUGGUAUUCCUUCUACUAAUAUUAUUGGCCAUUGGCUUUUACCUAGUGCUAUUCCUGAUGCUGAUCCACAGUUAUUAUUAUUAUUCAACGAAUUUAUUUUGUAUACUAUCAACAUUAGUUCUUCUAUCGAAUGGACGGUGAAUCAAAAAUUAUCUAAUAUUCAAUUAGAAUUUUUAAUCCGUUCACUCAGUUUUCAUUUAGAUGUUGUAAAUUCAACAACUAUCGCAUGUGUAGACAGUCAAAUGACGAUUUCUGUAUUUAAUCUAUAUUCCAAUAUUCUUACAUUGCAAUUUGAUUUACGUUCUGUUUAUCCUGAUUAUCCACGUAUGAAUGAUGAAAUUCCAAAUAAUCUAGUAGGCAAUCCUGAAUAUCUCUAUGUUACUACUUCGACCAAUGUUGAACCGUUUGACCAGCAAUAUCUUUUUCGUAUCGCUUUGAAUAAUGAUAUACCAGUUGGCAUUGUAGUAUUUAACGAUGAAAAUUUUGGUUUAAAUGAAUUGGUUACUUCUACUGUUAAACCACCAUUUGAUAUUGUUUAUUCAUUUGAACGAUUAUACGAAGCAGAAGAUUAUUUUAGCAUUUAUAAAAUUGGAACGAAUAAUAGUGCAAUCAUCCGUCUUUGA